AAAGCGGACCAGAGAUACAUAAGUUUUCCUACAGAUAUGUUUUGGAUUAUUUCAGUGACCAUUUUCUUCUCAGUAUGUGGUGUAACAGUGAACAUUCCUCAUCGCUAUCACUUUGUGAACGAGAAUAAAACCUGGAGCGAAGCUCAGACUUACUGCCGAGGCAAAUAUACUGAUCUGGCAACCAUCAGCAACAUGGAUGAGAUGAAGAAGCUGAAUAUCACACUGAAGAAGGAACCUGCAAAUCUAGCUUGGAUCGGUCUAAAGAGCGAGAGCGUUGGGGAAUGGAAGUGGUCUCAAACUUUCUACAAAGGUGGAGACACUUACAGGAACUGGAGUAGUGGAGAACCAAACAAUGCUGGAGGAAAUGAUCACUGUGCUGUUAUUGCAAAAAAUGGAUUUUGGUAUGAUUACAGAUGCGACUUAAUGUUACCUUUUGUUUGUUAUGACGGAAAGAAUUCAAUAUACUUAUUCGUUCAAAUUAAAAAAAGGACCUGGUAUGAAGCUCAGACCUUCUGCAGAGAGAACUACACCGACCUGGUCAGUGUGAGGAACCAAGCUGGGAAUGAAUUGAUCAGAAAUCUUACUCGAAAUUCAGUGAAUAAUAGGUCUUGGAUUGGUCUCUUUAAUGACUCCUGGAAGUGGUCAGAUCAGAGUAAAUCCUCAUUCAGAUACUGGAGCUCUGACAAACCCAGAGAUGAUUUGAAAUGUGCAGCAGUGAGUGGGUCUGAGCAACACUACUGGAGUGAUGUGAGCUGCACAGAACAACUUCCAUUCAUCUGCCAUGAGAAAUUCCUGAUCCUGAUUAAAAUGAAUCUGAGCUGGUGGGAAGCUCUGAACUACUGCAGGAACCAUCAUCAUGACCUGGUCUCAGUUCGCAGUGAAGAGAUGCAGCUCUGGGUGAAGGACGUGGCUCAAAAAGCCUCCACUGAACACGUGUGGCUCGGUCUGCGUCACGACUGUGUCCAGCGUAUCUGGUUCUGGGUUUACGGAUCGAUGAUCUGCUAUCAGAACUGGGCUCCGGGGUACGGGACCUGGAAUGAAGACUGCAGCCAGGAGAAGAGAAGUGGAGCAGUUCAGGCUGGAGGAACGCAGCAGUGGAUCGAUCUGCCUGAGAGCUACAAACUCAACUUCAUCUGCUCUACUUAUGACGAUAUGUUUUAUUAAACAUGAAGACUGAAGACAAGCUGUGGUCCAUCACCAUAAUGAUGUUCCUCAACGUCAGAUUGCAGAGACAUCGAAUAUCUGAUCAUCUACAGUACAUAUCCUUAGCAUCCGACCUCUUUU